AUAGUAACAUUAACCUUUUCUAGGUAUGAAGUUUUAACUCUCUUAUCUUCUUCACCACUUGCUUGCACCACUCCAAAACAUGCAAAAAGUUAUUCUUACUAGUAUAUAAAUGGUAUGGAGCUAUCUUCUACACUUGGAGUGAUGAUCAUUGACACUGCUAGUAUAUGGCAAUUGCAGCUUCUAUGAGCCACGAUGACGAAAAGGAUGGCCACGAGCAUGAUGUUGUCAUGCCAGGCUUCCGCUUCCACCCCACCGAAGAAGAGCUUAUCGAAUUCUACCUCCGCCGCAAGGUCGAAGGGAAGAGAUUCAAUGUUGAGCUCAUUACCUUUCUCGAUCUAUACCGAUAUGACCCGUGGGAGCUACCUGCGAUGGCGGCUAUCGGGGAGAAGGAAUGGUACUUCUAUGUGCCUAGGGAUCGCAAGUACCGGAACGGGGAUCGACCCAAUCGGGUGACGACUUCUGGAUACUGGAAGGCGACGGGAGCUGAUCGGACGAUCCGGACUGAGAGUUUGAGGUCAAUUGGGCUGAAGAAGACACUAGUCUUCUACUCUGGGAAAGCUCCCAAAGGCAUUCGAACUAGUUGGAUCAUGAACGAGUACCGGUUGCCCCAGAAUGAGACCGACCGGUAUCAAAAGGCUGAAAUCUCGCUUUGCCGAGUCUACAAACGAGCAGGAGUAGAAGACCACUGCCCACUCCCCAAUUCACUCUCUUCGAAGCCUUCCUCAUCAAGAGGGGUGCAAUCAAACAGAAAACACAACACAGAUCUUCAGGCUACAACAAGCUCCCAAACUCCAAGAUUGAAUUCGUCAUUGAUAGGGAAGUUGGACGAAGCAGGCAGUAGCACCUCUGCCACCGAUGAUGAUGGGACCGAGCUUGGGUUAUCCAGGCAUAAAGCUUUUGGUGCAAUGGAUCCGGGAGCGCCCAUGAAUUCCACCUCGAUAGAAGACGAUGUGUCUCUACUGCAUUCAAAGCAAGCAAGCUCUUUACUCCCAACCUGCACUCUCCUUCCUCCUUCCUCUUCUUCUAUUCCGGUGACCGCCAUCGAUGAACUCCGCAGACUAGUAGAUUACCAACACAUUUACACACAUCAUCCUGCCCAUAUCCUUCCGCCGUCUUCUUCAUCCCAACCACCAUUUCUAUCUCUCAACAACCAACCCAACUCGAUGCCGACCUUCUCAGACAAGCUAUGGGAGUGGAAUCCCAUCCCAGAUGCUAACAGAGACUACACUAGUUACAAAUAACUGCUGAAUUGAACAUAUAUACACCGAAUAAUCUCCUCUUUUUCAUCCGCAAUUUUUCUUUUUUCCUUAUAUAUCUGUAACUUGUUGUGCUAAUUGAUGUUGGUGAGAAAUGAUUGUGAUUUAGACUUCUAGCUCGAAUGUGUUCAAUACAUUUCUCUCUAAGACUUUAAUUUGAGCUUAUAAUUUGAAUUUUAGAUUAGGAGGUGCUUUAAUGAAGAUGGGAGGACUGAGAGAUUCUUCUA